CACGUAGUCUGAUGUCUGUCUGAUUCGUAUUCGUAUAUUAUAAUUAUACGUUUUGUUACAAGUGCCUAAUUCUGUGAAAAAAUUAGAAUUGCUGUUGUUGUUACCAUGGCAAAUCACGAUCCUGAGAUACCAACAUAUUUUACAGAAGAUGAUUGGUUGGAAUUUUCUGGCUCCCGGGGUGGCACAAUCAAAUUUCAUAAGCCAACGGGCUACUUUUAUUUUUGGCAAUCAGGUACCAAGGGAAAAGAGCGAGUCAAAUGUGCAUGCAAGCAAUUUAUGAUUAAGCAUCACGAUUCGGAAUGUGUUCAUAAUGAAACUGAGUGUGAGAUGUCAGAAAAGUGUUGGGUGUCUAACUGGUUUGUGCUUGGAACUCCCGACAAAUGGCAUAACCAUCCUCCACCAAGUCGAGUGUCUGUCGAGUUGAAGCUCUUUGAAUGGCAACUAAACUUGACGUUCGUCAAGAACAGAAAUGCAGCGAAAAUCAAUCACGUGUUAGACGAAAUGUACUUGACCUGGCCCUUCGCUCUGCUAUUCUCCAAAUUACAGUUGAAACUUUUGUUUAUCACUGAGCCACCAGAAGGAAGAACAUUUCUCGAUCAAGAUAAAAUUGACUCGAUGAUGGCAAUCUUAAUGGUGUGGAGUGAAUAUUGGGGAAAUCCUCUAGAAUUGGAUAACCGUGAAAUGAAAUCUGAGCAAUGUUGUGGAUUUUUCAAGAAGAAGAAGAUAAAACGAAGAUCACCCAGUAGAGAAUCUUCUAAUAGCAGCACAGACUACGAUGCUAGCAGAUCGCAUAAGAAAAUAAAGGUGCCAGAGGUUGAGAGAGAUGAGGAUGACUAUGAUACAGAACCAUUACCGGAAACCGAUGCAGAACGGAAUAUUGAACCUGAGCCUAUCGCUUGCGGAUCACGUGAUCGUACCCCGUCACCCAAGAGAGUCGCUAGAGUUUUUGUUGAACCGAAAGAUUCAGCCAAAACUCCCAUAAAGGAUGUACGGAAAGACUUUGCAGCCUUGCCGAAAUCAGAGACACCACUUCCCAAAGCAAUUCCACUAAAACAUGGAAAGCCUUGGGGACCUAUUUCACUUCGUUAUCCGAUUGAAGAAGUGCUUGUUAAGGAAGAAGUCGUCUGUGAACCGAUCGCCAAAGUUGUUCGUUUUGCCGAAAAUCUAAUGAAACAGUCACAGAAGAUCGGUAACCUGAAUGGCGUUGAUAUUUUCGCCGUUCCACUGCACAAAUCGAUUGGAUCACGUUCGGCAAUUCAACGAUUCAUUUUCGGCAAAUCUCUCGAUCCCCCGAAGGAGCGCAAAACAGUUCUGGUUUUGGGAGCCACAGGUUUGGGUCAAACCAAACUCAUCAACGGCAUAAUCAACCACAUGUUCAACGUCGUAACGGAAGACAAUUUUCGUUUCCAAAUGAUCGAGGAGAAAGAGGACGACCAGCCCAAUCACAUAUCUGUCUACGACAUUCAUCAUGCAGAAGGUUUCCGCACCCCGUACUCCAUAACUAUCGUCCAAACGCCAAGCUAUAAUGCUGAAAACACGACACUGUUCAGGAACGGAAAGUUGAUCCAAACUUUCCGUGAAUUCUUCCAAGACCUGGACGGGAUUAGUCAACUGGACUUGGUGUGCAACGUUGUCCUGAAGGACGGAGUUCGUGAUUCUUUUUUAUCUAUUUUCGGAUACGACGUUGAAGAAAACAUCAACUGCUUUUGGCUGAGAAACACAGAGGGGUUUCCUUUUGAUGAAUUGAUCCAAAGAUUCUUCUCCGUACUCACUUCAACCAAAACCAAGUCCCUGGAGGGUACCAAAGAAGUUUUACAGGUGAUGAAACGGUUAGAAGAGACAGUUAACUCUUUUAUUCCUCUCAAGAAAUCCUUAUCGGCCAAGAAUGAAGAGAUGCAGAAAGCCAAUCUGGUGUCUACUACCUGCCAAACGCAGAUUGAGGCCAAUAAAGAAACUGAGAUCAAGUUCAGUUUGGACACUGUCGAACAAAAUUACAGAAAGGAAGUUUUGUGGAAGAAACUCGAGUCUGAUGCAAAAGAAUUAUUCAGUUUGCUCGAGACAGAAUUUGAUGGACUUGCAAGGACGAUGCUGGAGCUCUUUGAGAUUGCCUGGAAUUCCAUUCGGCAGCUGAAAAGAAUUUCGCGUGGAAACCCGUAUUUAACUCAAGAGCUGUACGAUCUACUUUUUGACGUCGAAGAAGACUUAAAGCGCCAUGGAUACCAGGAUAACAUCGAAGAAUUAAAAAAAUCGAGCAAUUAAAAGUCUAGUUUUGUUUAGUAUGUGUGCCGCGAAUUUCAAUCAGGAUUGUUGUUUUUCUUUUCGCAAUUUUGCUUAUUUCUUAAUUCAGUUCUGAUUGUUGUGUAAGGAGUAACGACAAGAGCUCUAAAUCUCUAAGAAGCGAAUUUCGCCAUGAACAAAGUUUAUUUCCCAUUUUCUACGAUAACAUUUUUUGUUUUACCAAUUUUGUUUCAUAUCUUUGUUUCCACCCUUAAGUUAAAUACAGAUGGCUUCUUUCAUAAAAAAAAUUAUGUUUAAUGGGUACUUCUUAACUGAAAACGUAGUUUGAACUUUUGAGAGAUUAAUUUCAAGAGGUUUUUGCUAAGAAUGUAUGUGUGUGUGUAUGGAUGUAUGUGUGCGGAUGACAAGAGAUAUAAUUCUGUUUGUUUGGAUAUUUUCACUCGAAAAGUUUGUUUUAUCAAGAAUAACAAUUCCAACAAAUUCAAAUUUUAUCGAAAUGCUAAAAUUUAACUGCAGAUGUCGCAUUGUCGCUGUUGACUGUUGUAAAGAAAGCUGUCAUGGCGGCUUGUUAUUGUGUUGGUGACUUGUAUUGUUCGUUUCUCCAAAUAUAUAUGUUUUAACAGAAUGCACCAACAAGAGACUAGAAGGAGAAGCUGCCAUCAAUGGGACACAUCUAAAAACCACCGACUCAUCAGCGUGGAUCGCCUUAUUUCGUUGCAGGAAUUCUUCCUCCAAGGAAAAGGCAGCGCUAGUCGAACUCGGCGUCCAACAAAUCAAAACCAACAGCAAACCAACUUGGGCAAGUGAGGCUCCUGAAAAAUGCGCCAUUCUUUAGUUUUCGGAAAAUAAGACUGUGUUUUCCAACUGAACGGGCGUUUCAAUUUAUACACAGAUGGACCUGUUGUUGCGCCAACUUAAAGGUUACCCCUGAUAAAUUGAGAACAACGGGUCUUUGUGUCUGUAAAUAAGAACAUAAGUUUUCGAUAAGAAUUUUUAAAUGUCAGUCUAAUGUCAUGGUUUUAUUUGUUUUUGUACAUGGCUAUGAACAAACUUCCCUUUAUUCAAGCGGGGAUUAACCUGCGGACUAGUCAAACAGGGAAAGAAACAGAAAAAAACAAACAAAUAGAUAUCAAUUAUUGGCUCGAACGACCUGCAAAUAGUUUUGGGUUUUUUUUUUAAAGAAAAAAAAAAGACUCGUGAAAGAAAACAGCGCCAUAGUGGCCUAGCGUGAAUAGAUAAUAUGCAGAAGAAAUAGGUUGGCACUCUUUCUGUCCUAUGUGUUGUUGUCUGUUGUUGUUGUGCAUUUUUGUAAAACAGAGGGGGGGGGGAGAACGAUUACAUGUGUAAAAUCUGUUCAAGAAAUUUUAAUUCUUGUUUUUUCUUAGUUUGAUCCAAGGUCGGCAUUGAUGGGAAUUUAUUACAUCCACUUCCCCAUUCAAGGACGCAAGAGUGACACCAACAAAUUUAGUUUGAAUAAUUUUAUCCAUUUUUCAAGUGAUACUACGUUCAAACUGGGAGGGACUUGAGGCCGUGAUGCACGACAAUGUUUUCUCCUUCCAGGUCAAAUUGAAACCUGAACCCUUUACUAUGGAUUCCCCUGCUGGAGUCAACUGCGUCGAUCGCCGUAAGGAAAAGGAUCCCAGCCGGGUCGCCCUCAUCUGGGAAAAAAGACGAACCUGCUGGACAAUAUGAGCGGGGAGUUUUACACGUUGAUGAAUCAAGUGUCAAACGUUUUUAAGUCGCAAGGAGUGCAAAAAAAGAUGAUCGAGUGGCAAUUUAUGUGCCACCAAUUUAUGUCCACUCGCUGUCACCUCAAUGCUCGCUUGUGCCCGUAUUGGAGCCGUCCAUUCCGUAGUCUUUGCCGGAUUCAGUGCGGAACGCGUUGGCCACUCGCAUCAACGACGGUAUAGUUAUUACUGCUGACCAAAGGGUGCGAAGUGGCAAAUUAAUUGAAUUGAAGAAAACGGUUGCGACAGCAGUUGAAAAAUGUCCGACUGUUAAAAUUAUUAUUCUCGUCUAGCCAAAGGAAUCCUGUUGAUUCAUCGCUUCUUGAUGUCGAUCUCGAUGAGGCAAUGGUUAAAGAGAGCGGCUUAACUUAACCGGAGAAGUUAUUUACAAAGGCGUCUGUAAUACCCAAAUGUGUGAGAAAACAGUGGAUAUAAAUCGAUGACUGUUAGUGUUAGUUACAUUCCAAUAGAAAAAUUCAACAUUGAUCGCGUGAUUAGUAGGGGAACUUUGGUCAUGUUCACUAUUAAGAAAACAGCUAAUAAUGCUAAUACCUAAUAGCUAAUAUCGACUAAGUUUUCCAAGACCAAGUUUUCCAAUCAUUUGACAUUUGUAUUUUCGGUAUGAAUUUUUUAGUUAAUCCGUUGGUUGCCACAAAAAAUCAAGAUCAUUAAUAAUUGUGUAAUUCAUCCCCAUAGUUGAUUCCAUAUUUUCUAGAUAACCUAGAAACCCUCAUCGCUCUUACCAUGUGUUAGUUAAACUGUUAUGCCAUUUAUUUUUAUUCUCUUGCUAGCAUUUAUUUGAUUUUAUUAUUCUGAAUUCUCUGAUUUAUGUUAUAUUGUUAUUACAAGCUUGCAACUUGUGAAAUUAUUUUUUAAAAUUCCGUUCUUUUUAAAAAUGUUGCUCUAGUGGAGAAAAUGUGUACUGCCCAAUUGUCGUCUGUUUGAUCACAAACGCCUUGGAUGUUACAUGUUACUCAUGUGAGCUACGUCAAGGUGUAGUUCGUUAGGCUCGUAAAACUUGAGAAAUAGUAAAAGAUAAUCAGCAUUUCCUUCAUGGAUCUUAAGAAAGCUAAAACGGCGAUCCAAAAUCUUGCCUAUCAGCAUGAGGCCGAUGCUGUGGUGUGAUGCAUUCAUCGCUUACUAUCUGUACCAGCCCAGAAAGAAUCCUUAUCAAAGGUUGACCUCCAUUGCUGGUUGCUGUUAGAGCUGCAUAUUCAUUGCAGAACUACAACUGCUGACACUGACAAGUUUGUACUGUUACUCCAGACUAUGUUCUACAAGCGCCCCACAAUUGAUUGAACGGAGGAACUUCUCACGCAGACUGCCCGGGUUAUUUAAUCCCCUGACGCGUCGUUGUCCUUCAUAAUUAUCAACAUUGGAAUCUAUUGGAGCCAAGUUCGACAAGCUCCUGUUGCCUGCAGUUUCUGAAAGUGAGGCGGUCAUCGUCAAUUAAAGAAGCCAAAGUUGCAGGAAUCACCCGUUGCGUCAGCGAAAGCUGUCUUGAGAAAGUUGUCUUUUCCAGUUAGAUUGUUUUAUGAUUAUGAAGAUGGAAAGCAACUCGUAAUGAUGUUGGUCAUUGUCCGGAUUAGUUCAUUUUUUGGUUCUUGACUGGAAUGCUGAAGUACCAGUGGUGAAGCCAGACAAGAAAACGAGAUUGCUUUGCGAGAUCGCGUAAAGUUUGUUCCUACAAUAGCUAUCGGGUUUAUCCUGUAUUGUUCCCGUAGUUGCUGUCCGAUGUGGCUCGUUGUUGCAGCCUAUGCUGGUGAUAAAUCAUUUUUGCAUCAAGUGAAACUGGCUCUUCCUUGGUGCUGGUGUCGUGUUAUGGAAGUUGAAUCAUUAUGUUGUUAAAUUGUCAUUGUAUCUGCAGUCUACUGUUUGUAUGUUAAGGAAGAACAAAAACAGAAUAUGGGGAUGUGCUAUGUCAAACAAAUAAUAAACAUGUUUCGGGGUUGGGAAAGGAAAGUGGAGGAUGUUGGAGGUGGAGGAGGAUAUUUAAAGUUUGGAUAAAAAUCAGUUAAUCUAUAACCCAACAAACAUAUACCUAAGCUAAUUAAACACCCCCACAAACUUACACCUUCUAAUCUUCAAACCUCACUAACAUAUACCUACCAACCUUCUAACUUACACCCUAAACCCCACAGACCUGUGUCAAAACUUAACAAAACAAUGUAUGUAAUAAAUAAAACAAAAAAUA